UCCAUCUAUAAAUACUCUUUCUUGCUUCUCAUUUUUCCUCCCCCUUCACCUUGCACCCUUUCAUUGAACUAUAUUGCUCUCUAACUUUUGCUUCUUCAUACCCUCCUCUUCCUUAAUCCUCUCAUCACUUCAUUCUUUUGUUUCUGGUUUUCUGCUUGAAAUGGAGUACGAAAACCGAUUUCGACAAGCUCAGAGACAAAAAUAUGAUUGUCUUCUUUUUGAUUUAGAUGAUACUUUAUAUCCAAUAAGUUGUGGUAUUGCAAAAGCAUGUGGACAAAAUAUUAAAGACUAUAUGGUUGAGAAGCUUGGCAUAGACAAAAACAUAAUUGAUGACUUGUCCAACCAUCUUUACAAAAACUAUGGAACAACUAUGGCUGGUUUAAGGGCAAUUGGAUAUGACUUUGACUAUGAUGAAUAUCACAGUUUUGUUCAUGGAAGAUUACCAUAUGAGAAUUUGAAACCAGACCCAAUUCUAAGGAACCUCUUGCAAAGCCUACCCUAUAGGAAACUAAUCUUCACAAAUGCAGACAAAGUUCAUGCAAUUAAGGCACUAAGCAGGCUUGGAUUAGAAGAUUGUUUUGAAGGAAUAAUAUGCUUUGAGACACUUAAUCCAAUCCACAAGAACACUGUUUCUGAUCAUGAUGAAAAUGACAUGGAAUUUUUUGGUUCAAGCAAAACCAAUCAUACAACAAGUACUACUAGUGCUACUAACUUCCAAAUAUUUGACAUUAUUGGUCAUUUUGCAAAACCCAAUCCAAGUGAAGUUUUGCCAAAGACACCAAUUAUUUGCAAACCUUCAGAAUAUGCCAUUGAGUUGGCUCUCAAAAUAGCCAAUCUUGACCCACAAAGAACAUUAUUCUUUGAGGAUAGUGCUCGAAACAUACAAGCUGGAAAACGUGUGGGACUUGACACAGUGCUGGUUGGUAAAUCACAAAGAAUUAAAGGUGCAGAUUAUGCCUUAGAAAGCAUCCACAACCUUAGGGAGGCAGUGCCAGAAUUAUGGGAAUUUGACAUUAAAUCAGAAGUUGCUUAUCCUAGCAACCUUGCUGUGGAGACAUCUGUGACUGCUUAAUUAGGACUAAUUAAUUAUUUAAUUACAAGGAAGCUCCUUAAUCAAUCAUGGGUGGCAAAAAAAAAUAUGAAA